AUGGCAUUCCAAAUACAAUUAUUUAGACUUUCAUUCAUCAUCUUCUCCUUUUCAGGGGUUUACUCUGUUAAUUUUGCCAUUAGAAACAACUGUUCAUUCCCAAUUUGGCCGGGAGCCUUAACCGGUGCCGGCAACCAACUUUCAACCACUGGCUUCGAAUUACUCCCCGGAUCGACAACGACGAUAACGACUUCUCCGCCGUGGUCCGGCAGAUUUUGGGCUCGAACUCUCUGCUCCACAGAUGCAAGUGGAAAGUUCUCUUGCGCAACCGCCGAUUGUGGCAGUGGCCAAGUCACAUGUAACGGUGCCGGCGCAAUUCCGCCAGCCAGCCUCGUUGAAUUCACCAUAGCGCCGAACGGCGGCCAAGAUUUCUUCGACAUCAGCCUCGUCGACGGCUUCAAUUUGCCCGUCGCAGUGGUCCCCAUGGGUGGUUCGGGUGGCUGCCAAACGGUACUCUGUUUAGGAAAUGUAAAUGCUGUCUGUCCAUCGGAAUUAGCCAUUACAGAUCAAGGUGGCGCUGUGAUCGCUUGUAAAAGUGCUUGUAUGGCUUUCAAUCAGCCGGAAUAUUGCUGCAGUGGCGACCAUAAUCUGCCGGAAACUUGUCCGCCGACAAAUUAUUCAAUAAUUUUCAAGAAUCAGUGUCCGCAAGCUUAUAGUUACGCUUAUGAUGAUAAGACGAGUACUUUUACUUGCACGGGUGGAGCUGAUUAUGCCAUCACAUUUUGUCCGUGA